AUGUCUAACCAACGAUCAACAUCUCGCGAUGAAGAUUUACUUCUUCAAGACUUUAGUCGUAAUGUGACAACUAAAUCACGGGCUUUAUUCAGUGGUAAUGCUGCUGUUGUAUCUGCCAUACCGCUUUGGCUUUUCUGGCGCAUUCAUCAAAUGGAUUUUUCCUCGUAUUUCAUUCAUUUCAUCCUUGGUACCAUUGUCAGCACCUAUUUUCUGAAUUUAGCUUAUCAGAAUAUGAAAUUCAUUCUGAAACACAAGAUUGCACAAAAACGCGAAGAAGCUGUGAACCGUGAAAUAUCGAAAAUCUUCGCCAGUGAUAAAAGUGCCAACAAGAAAGACAAAGAUGAUCGAGUUUUAACACGCAAAAAUGAAGUCGCUGACUUCGAAGCAACAACAUUUUCCAUCUUCUACAACAACACCUUCUAUCUCGUUUGCUUGCUUGUCUUAUCAUUCUUUGUCUUGAAGAACUUCUCACCAACAGUCAAUUAUUUGUUCUCGGUUGCGCUCUCAACAGCUAUGGUUUUUCUCUUUUCAACUGGACAAAAAUAG